GCAGUCUAGUCAAAAUAGCGCAAAACAGAAACGGAAAAAUCCAUAAAUAGCAGAGAUUGAUUUGGUAAAUCAUUCAAUAUUUUCUGUCUCCUCCACUUCUUCUCCAACAAUGGCGAUUCAAUUGGAGAGUUUGGUAGAAUCGAUAAAAUCGAAGGUGAGGAAGCUGAAGAAAUCGAAGAAACCCUACGUCAAAAUGGACAAAAGCUCCAGCGUUAGAGUGGAGAUCCGAAGCAAAAAGGCUCGUAAGCUCAUCGACAAAACUCUUCAAGCUGCUGAUCGUCCCGGCAAGAGUAGUCUUACUUAGUGCUUCUCCAUCGGAAAAAAGUAAUUAAGAAUUGAUUUGAAAAAUGAAAAUUUCUCUUUGUUUGAAGUUGUGUGUAUAUAUAUAUAAAAUAGAUUUUAAAAAAUGGCCGUUUCUGUGUUCCUCGACGGCGAUGAUAUCCAUUUUCCGAUGGGAACCGUUUCGGUCUU